UCGAUUUGGCCCUCCUCGACCCUCGUGCCCAAGUGAAGUGACCAUGUAAGUCCGUGCCAAAAAGUAAUUACUGGUAUUACAGUUAUAUAAAAGCUGCACCAAAUACGGCAAGAAAAAAUAAAUAAAAGACUUGCGAGUCCAAAACAAGGUGGGAACUGGGAAGGAAAUGAAACAUGGGUGGGAAUUGGGAAGUCCAACAAAACACGUUACAAUCCCCGCAAGGUGUGGAUUCACAUUAUCGGAGGCUUUGGUUGACCAGGAAGAAGAGAGCUUCAGUCCAAAACUAGCCAUUUCUUUGUGGGUACGCAGAUGGGACUGUUCCUUUGAAUAUAGAAAGUAUUCGCUAUUGGCUAUUGCCAAGGCCCAUAAGAUUCAGAGAGAGAGAGAGAGACUCCAAGAAGGGAGGGAAAGAGAUUGGCUGUUUGGUUGAAAUAUCCAAAACCCAACCUUUUUCUUCUCUUUCUCUCUGUUUAAAAUUCUCCACCUCUGUUCUCUGCUCUGAGAAGAUGGUUUCCGUUGCUGAAAACGGCGCCGUCUCGGUUGAUUCAGGACAUACCCGUCUCCAUGAGCUCGGCUACAAACAAGAGCUCAAGCGUGAUCUAUCGGUGGUAUCGAACUUUGCGUUUUCAUUUUCAAUCAUUUCUGUGCUUACUGGUGUAACCACACUUUACAACACUGGGCUAAACUAUGGAGGGCCAGUUUCUCUCACUUAUGGCUGGUUAAUAGCCGGUAGUUUCACCAUGCUUGUUGGGUUGUCCAUGGCUGAGAUUUGUUCCUCUUAUCCUACCUCUGGUGGUCUCUACUAUUGGAGUGCCAAGCUUGCUGGCCCACGAUGGGCACCCUUUGCCUCAUGGAUGACUGGCUGGUUCAAUAUUGUUGGUCAGUGGGCUGUUACAACAAGUGUAGAUUUUUCACUUGCGGAGCUGAUUCAAGUGAUUAUUUUACUUAGCACUGGCGGAAAAAAUGGAGGUGGAUAUGAGGCAUCUAAAUAUGUUGUUAUAGGUAUCCACGGGGUAAUUUUACUCCUACAUGCUAUCAUAAACAGUCUUUCGAUCUCUUGGUUAUCUUUCUUCGGACAGUUAGCUGCUGGAUGGAACAUAAUAGGUGUCUUUGUUCUUAUGAUUCUCAUUCCUGCUGUUGCGAAGGAGAGGGCUAGUGCCAAGUUCGUUUUCACUCACUUCAACACUGAUAAUGGUGAUGGAAUCAACAGUAAAUUAUAUAUAUUUGUUCUGGGACUUCUAAUGAGCCAGUAUACCCUAACAGGGUAUGAUGCCUCUGCUCAUAUGACAGAGGAAACCAAGAGCGCAGAUAAGAAUGGACCAAGAGGAAUAAUCAGCUCCAUUGGGAUAUCUAUUAUUGUUGGAUGGGGUUACAUACUUGGCAUCACUUUUGCAGUAACUAACAUCUCAUACCUUUUAGAUGAAAACAACGAUGCUGGUGGUUAUGCCAUUGCUGAAAUUUUCUACCAAGCAUUUAAGAGUAGAUAUGGAAAUGGAGUUGGGGGGAUUAUUUGCUUGGGAGUGGUUGGUGUCGCAAUAUUUUUCUGUGGUAUGAGUUCAGUUACUAGUAACUCAAGGAUGGCUUAUGCAUUCUCUAGAGAUGGAGCCAUGCCAUUUUCACCAGUUUGGCAUAAAGUAAACAAGCAGGAGGUCCCCAUAAAUGCAGUUUGGCUCUCUGCCUUUGUAUCAUUUUGCAUGGCACUGACGUCUCUAGGGAGCUCUGUGGCAUUUCAAGCUAUGGUAUCCAUAGCAACUAUUGGACUGUACAUUGCUUAUGCCCUGCCCAUCUUCUUCAGGGUGACAUUGGCUCGCAAGUCCUUUGUCCCAGGACCUUUCAAUUUGGGGCGCUAUGGGGUCCUGAUUGGAUGGAUUGCAGUUCUUUGGGUGGCGACCAUUUCAGUCCUCUUCUCAUUGCCUGUAGCCUAUCCCAUCACCAAUGAGACACUCAACUAUACUCCUGUUGCAGUUGGCUGCUUGUUCAUUCUUACUGUUUCUUCUUGGAUAUUCAGUGCUCGUCACUGGUUUAGAGGUCCUAUCACCAACAUAAAUACUUGAAGUCGUGUAUAAUCAUUGAUGAAGAUAUCUGACAAACAUCAUUAUUUUUUUUAAUCCAACUCUUACAAUUUCUCCUUUCUAGUAAAAGUCAAAAGUUGAUGAGCGACAA